AUGUCUACCCAUAGACUAUCUCUGAUUUUUCCUCUUUUACUUAUCUGCUUCUUCAGAGAGGGCUUCUGUAUUUGUGAUGGAACUACCUGGACAAAAGUUGGAUGGGAGAUUUUUCCAGAAGAAGUGCACUAUCUGAAAUUUAAACUUUCUCCAUCUCACUGUCUACCCUAUCCUCUGGACAAACUAUGCUGCAAUUUAGCUAACAUGGAUAUAUUUCAGGGUUUUUUACAAAUCUUUUAUAUUUCAGUACAAGCUCUCUUUUUAAUCCUGUCUGUUUUAUCUGUGCAUUACCUGUGGAUGAAAUGGAAGAAACACAAAAAAAAGCUGAAAAAAAAAGCCUCUUUGGAUACCUCUGGUAAUCUAGAAAGCCAGUCUGUCUAUGACAUUGACCAAAUACUCUGCAGACUGGUAGCCACAACAUCACUGAUGACUGAGUACCUGAAGCAGGUAUCCCACCAUCCUUCCUCUAACAAAGUUAAGCACCGCAAAUUAAAGAGGAAGAAGAAUGAAGGAGGAGGAGCCAGAGGAUACUAA